AUGGUGUUGUCGAUGACGGUGCAAUAUCGACACAUGGCGACGAAACUCGCGCUGAUAUUUCGAGAAGGCGCUUCGUGGAACAAAGAAGACCCCUGCCACGGGGAAGUAUUCUUCCGGGAUGAAUGCGUGGAUGGAGAAGGAGUUGAAAAUGUUGUGUCGGCACCACAACACCGUGAUCCAGUGCUGGAGGUGGAUUUUAUGCUGGGGUUGUCCAUCACUCUGUUCUUAUUCGUCGGAGUGCUGCAAUUUUACAUUCUCUGCUCCUCCGUUCAAAAGUUAUCGGACGUAAACACAGAAAUGACGAAUAUGGCAUUCCAUGAGAACUGGUAUCAAUUUACACCGUCGAUCAAACGCGUCUUUCUGCUGAUGGCUCUGAGUAAUAAUUUGGGAUGUGAAAUUACAAUGUGCGAAAAAUUACGCCUCUCGUUGCCAUCGUUUAUGUCGGUUCUGAAUGAAGCGUACUCGGUGGCGCUUAUACUUUUAAAGAUGAAGUAA